AUGAAGCAAGAAAGGCGCGACUUACUGGCUGCGCAGGUGAAGCGGCUUGCAUACGAGCUCGCAGACGGGGCCAAUCUUGUCGUGGGGCCCGUGGCGAAAACCUUCAGGUGCCGGCGCAGUGGCUACUUCGCCGACGUGUUCAAUUACUGCCGGGUGUACCACGUGUGCCACAAGGUGCGCCACGCCGACGGCUCUUCCGAGAUGCAACACUUCAGCUUCUUCUGCGGCAACCAGACGGUGUUCAACCAGCUGAGCCUGACUUGCACCUAUCCGGAGGAUGCUGUGCCUUGUCGCAAAGCACCAAACUUCUUCUAUCUCAACGAUCGCAUUGGCAUCGAGAACGCGCUCUUACUCACUGACACUGACGUUGGUCUUGUCAAAGCAGCAGGGUUCGGUACCAGGCUUUCUGGCGGCGGUCGGACGGCGUCGCAAUUGUUUGGAUAGCCGCCGGCUGUUUGUCUUUCUAUUUAAGAUGCAAGGUGCUUAAAGGUAGGCAAAGCCCAAACUCAAGUAUGUGCCCUACUCGCCUCUAGCAUUAAGCUCACCGAAUAGUUCAUAGCGCAUAACCGCCUACUCCCCACUCCUCCCCCUCCGUCACUCCCUCCCUCCUUCCUCCAUUACCCCUCAGAUAUAGUCACAAACUGCCAAAGUAAGCGGAAAGGUAACCCUUCUUUACCCACUGUAUCCGAAGUCGACAGGCCCAUCCUUUCCUCAAUUCACUUCUAUCCAUGCUCGUAGAAAAAUGAGAAGACAAAGAAGCCAACACGCACCACAGGACAUACGAAAUGGUGCGUGUUAGCUUCUUUGUCUUCUUUAGCUGUGCUGUUUCGGUUUACCCUGAAGAAACCAACCAGCCCUCACCGACAUGAUAUUCUUGUUCACUUUGUCAAAGUUGUCUUCAUCAGCCAAGGUUAUUUGCCGAUUUCCUGCCAGCAAGACUGGCUUUGAACAUUUUUUUUUUUUUUUUUUGCUUAGUAGCUUCGAAUAUCACUCUCAUACCACAAACCAUUAGAUAUUUUUCUUCGAACGUUCUUAUUUGAAUCAAUUCAAAAAUUUUCUCGUAUAACAUGCGCGAUUUUUUCCUGCGCUUAUAAUACAUAGAACGUGAGUGCAAUGCGCUCAGUUCAUCACCACAACUUAAGGUUUUUCGUUAUAAGAGAGAACGCUGCAUAACAUUAACAGGACAUUAAGCCGCAGAUAAGUGCGCUACACGGAACACACAAUCCUUUCAUCCGUUACCAGCCUAAUUAACUGUUUCGCAGGAAGAAAUCCUUUCCCAAAGAUCCAUCAUUACCAUUCCACUGUGGAAACGGAACCCACGUGCCUCGCCUAUAGACAGGCACGCAAUUCAUGAAAUCUCGAGAUCUCAUCUAAUACCCUGCUGCUCUCGACUCACUUACAUUAGGGCUGAAUGUUGCGAGGUUCAGUUUCCAAUCGCCGUCUGUUUGAACCCAAAACGCCUUAGCACACUCUGCUGCCUUCGUCAGGUCCAGGACAUGACAACAAUGCCCUCGUAGUGCAGGGCGGUCUCUCCGCAAAAUACUUGAGCUUACCAUAAUACCGUCGUUCGUUGCUACUAUUUAAGGGGCCCCUUUUA